ACUGAAAAGUUUGACUGGAAUGACUACCUACAACAAUCUGGGGCCAUUGCUGCGCCUGAAUCUCUGUUUCGACCCAUACCUGACCAGAAAUAUAUGGAUCAUUUCCAGAUCGGCGCUAAACUGGAGUCCUCUGAUAUGUGCGAGAACCAUUUAGUCUGUCCGGCUACGGUAGCUGCUCACAAAGGACGCUUGCUACAGAUUCAUUUCGAUGGAUGGGAAGACUCAUAUGACCAGCUUUUUGAUGUGCAACGUCACGUUAUGUCAUGCCGUCUUAUAAGGCAUCACGCAUUUCCGAGAGACGUCUUGGAGAUGUCUACAAGUUCACGACAGCGAAGUGAAUGGUGGCUGUCUAGUAGCUUCGCAGAAAAUUUAAUGUAUUUCAGUGGCUCGUCGUUGCAGUAUAAUCGACUCACGUAUGUUUUUAUGCCACCAAAAUUCGUUGCUGAUCGCUGGCUAAGUGACGGUGAAGAAGCGUUGUCGAAACAUAUCCAGUCGACAAUGAUUCCUCUGCAGCAUGUCCGAACCUUGCGUAAGCAUUUCGAGGAUGACAGAAAACGCAUGAUUACCGACACAAAGUUUAAGGUUAACGAUCGCGUGGAGCUACUAGACUACAACAACUCAACGCGCGUUAGACCUGCUCGUGUCAAGAGAGUGGUGGGGCGCCGUAUUUGUGUACAUGUGAAAGAAGAAGACUUCGAUGGCGAAGUGGAUGAGGAAGAUCGUCAGUUUGGCGAAGACUCUGAAUUCUGGGUGGACCAAUCGAGUUUCUAUUUGUUCCAUGUUGGUUGGGCAUCUUAUAACAAUUAUGGCCUAGGAUGCACAAAGGAGUAUAGAAAACAUGCACAAAAAAUCGCUGAGGCUCUUAGUAAGGGAGAAGAUCCUCCGUUUGCUCCAAGCGAUGUCACGCCAGCUAAAUUACGCUCCUUGGAAUAUCAGCAAGGGAUGCGGUUUGAAUUGAUGGAUCCAUUAGCACAGAUGUUCAAUGAACUCAGAGUAGCUAGUAGUGUGCUGGAAGUUUUGAAGGGUGGCUACCUUCGUGUGGGCAUGGACGGCCCUGAUGUUGAAUCUGAAUGCAUACCGCUUCACUGCACCAGCGCGUUCAUGUUUCCUGUAGGAUACGCUGAGAAAUACAAUAUCAAACUGGGAGGACCUAACGAUACUGAAAAGUUUGACUGGAAUGACUACCUACAACAAUCUGGGGCCAUUGCUGCGCCUGAAUCUCUGUUUCGACCCAUACCUGACCAGAAAUAUAUGGAUCAUUUCCAGAUCGGCGCUAAACUGGAGUCCUCUGAUAUGUGCGAGAACCAUUUAGUCUGUCCGGCUACGGUAGCUGCUCACAAAGGACGCUUGCUACAGAUUCAUUUCGAUGGAUGGGAAGACUCAUACGACCAGCUUUUUGAUGUGCACUCCAGCGAUAUAUUUCCCUCUUGGCUGGUGCGAAAUGCACGGGUACAAGCUUGA